AUGUCGAUCUCGCCUUCGACCUCGAUGCCGCAACACACCUCGCUCGUGCCUCUCGACGACAUCGUAUCAGCCCCGCUCGAUACGCCUACCGACGCCACAGCGUGCUGCGACACUUUCAGCGACGAACAACAGACCAGCAGAGCUGACUCAGGUCAGAGAGAGAUCCGUCUGGGCAGAAGGCCGUUCCAGCGCUUGCCGAUUCCGGGAUUCGUUGCGUCUUCUGGGAACGACACUCACGACGAAAGCGAAGCUGCUUCUGACGCAUCUGUUGGAGAGUGGCUAGGCAACGAACACGGCACUGAGCGGGAGGGAAGAGAAAGCUUCCCACAAUCACCGGGCGAGUCUCUGGUCUCGCGAUUCAGCCCGUACCAGGAAGAGCGGUCGCCGGCAGCAGCACUAUUCUCUCGACUCGUAUUCGGCUUCCAUCACGCAAAGGACAGGCGGAGCCGCAGCAGAAGCUCUUCGGACACCAGGAACGGAAAGCAGCUUCAUCCUUCUCCACCACCUGCACCACGCGGUGGGAUCGAGCUCGAGCCCGAAGACCUCGUCGUCGUACCCAAGAGAAAGACCGGCAAACGCAAACCGAUCCCUGCCUCGCUGUUUGCAUUCGGUGGUGGUAGUCGAGAAGGUCCUCAGUUACGGAGCGCCUCUGUGCCAGACGUGUUUGCAGAGACACACUUCACCAGUAACGAGUUUGGAGAGGAAGGGAUACCGCACGCGAUCGAAGCUCGCAACUCUCUUGGACUUUUCCUGCCGCCGCCCAUCGAGCAGCAACACGCGACAGAAGCAGCAACGGCUACCGAUCCCUCCGUACCCGAUAAGGUUUCGCAAGAUUCAUCGCUUGCCUUCCCUCCGCAACAGCGACUGAAGCGAGCCACACGAUCGAUCUCGGAAACACACAACCGCGCUCGACGUCGGUUCGCGUCGCUCGACGCUGACACCACCACAGCCGUAGGCUCAGCGCGCGACAACGCUGCCAGCGCGAGCCUGUCCGAUUCGAGCGACAGCGAUUCUGGCGGAGACGACCGGCGUGUUCCGCAUAGUACCAAGAGAGGCAGGACACGCAGCGGGAGUGCCCCUGUCUAUCCUAGUUCAUCUGCUGCAGAUUUUGCCGAGCAAGGAGAAGGCGAAAGACGGUAUUCAAUCGAUCAAGAGUCUCGACCUCUGCGACGGAUAUUGCGGACGAGGAAAGGCGAAAUGCGGUCGGUGUAUCUCUCUCGCACACCGCCUCCGACUGGGGCUUAUCCGACGUCACGCCACCUUCAGCCGCUGCCGCUGAUUCAGAACCUGGCCGCGGGAGAGGACGGCGAGGUGAUCGAGGUACUCAAAACGCCAGAGGCGGCUUCGCAACCCUCGUUCCCACUGCCCCGCGCGGCCGCUAUGUCGUCCCCCGCUUAUGCCUCGACGGCAAGCACCCGCGCAUCGUUCGAUAGCAUGCACACCAGAGCAGGUGGAGCCGGCUCGGACUACUCGGACUAUGGAAGUUUGGGUCCGGAGUCUGGCGAAUCGUUGGCCAUGUCGACGGCGUCGAUGCUGGUGCUGCAGCAGCAAAUUCAGAUGCAGAACUAUCAGAUGAGGGAGCUGGGCGUGAUCCCGACCGGGAUGGUUGGGGCGAUGAUGGGAAGAGGAGUGGAUGGGGAAGAGCGGAUGUCGAAGCGUGUGGUUGAUGCCGAGAAAGCGAAAGAGGGGCAAGAUGGGCUGGUGCAGCAGUACGGCGCGAUGCGGCUUGGGGGACGGUCAUCUUCCGAGUUUGAGAGUGACCGAGAAGAGGCGCGGAGCAGCCAGGACAGCGACAGCAGAGACCGACAGGGAGGCGCAGCAGGCGGGCUUCGACACAUGGUUUCGGACUCAGUCUUGGCAGCAUCAUCCAAAGAAGCCGAGGGCAGCAUCGGCUCGCUUCGGCAGCGUCGUGCGAAGCCACCCAUCUCGAUCGCGCUCGCCCCCUCGCACAAGCACAGCACCAGCACCAACGGCACCAGCAGCAGCAGGUUCAGCGCGGACCUCAUUGGCGCGGCGAUCCCGCUGCGCAAAAAGCUCAGCCGCUCCGUCCUCUCUCCCACCGCCACCAGUGGUGCCAUCCACUCGCCCCCGCCCUGCCCGCCGCCCUCGACGCCCCUGCCGGACCUGCCUGUGCCUCGGUCGGCGCCUCUCGUGGCUGCCGACGGUAGACGCACGCUCGCCAGCAAACGCUCGUUUGUCCGCUCCUCUUCGACGCCCGUCUCGCCGCACGACGCACACCCGCCCUCCCAGCGUCAUCGCGCUCAACGGGGAGCCCCCAAGAGCCAGAGCUGCACCCUCGACCCUGCUCCCGCCUUUACACGCUUACCCGCAUCCGCCUCGGCGUCAACGUCGCACGACGGAGGCUCAACGGCAGACUCGAGCGUGCUCCACACCCCGCCGUUGACCGGCGGACUGCCGUUCGCGUUCACGCCGAUCUACGGCGUGGCACCGCAGAGGGAGCAGCAGCAGUUCCAGCAGCCGGUCACGCCGCUCUCGGCUCAGACGGACACCUCGGUCGCGACUCCGGUCUCUGCGCAGCCGAGGGUGGUGGGCGUCGUGGGUGGCAAGUUUGACUCGCUGCUCGCGUUCCUCUCUUCCGAUCACAGUGGAGCCGACAAGGGCGAUGCAGGAGAAAGGAGAAGACAGAGUAAAGCGGCAGCAGAGGGUGGUGGUGCAAACGAUGUGCUGGUCGCGACGAGCAGUGCGGCGUCGGACGAGGUCGUGUAUGGUCUGGCUCUGUAA